UGUGGCCAUCUUUUGGUUGAUUUUCCCUAUACCCAUUUGGAGUUUUGCAUAUAUUAAUGGUGUCUUGUUCCUCUAGUGGUGGUGGGUAUUUAGGUUCCGCAAUUGGGAUUGUGGGUUUGGAGCAUAAGCAAAAACUGGACUUGAGGUUGGGUUUGGGUAUUGUUUUUGAUCUAGGUUUGAUGAAUAUAUUGUUUGCUGGUUCUUUUGGAUGAAAAAUAUGUGUGAGGUUUAUUAGGUCUUAACUUAUGCUUGGCAAAUGUUUGAUGACAUUUUUGAUUGAUGUGUUAGUUGGAUGAUACAUAUAAAUGUAUGAGGUAUAUCAAGAUUCGAGUAGUUGUGUAAAAAUGGUUAGAUCAUGUUGGAAAAUCUCUUCUGUGGAGGGUGAUGGAAGUCGCCGGGGCAGAGAUGGAAGUCGUCAUGGUGGAGAUUCGAAUGGUCGGGUUGAUGGUUUGUUAUGGUAUAAGGAUUUAGGACAACAUGUAAAUGGUGAAUUUUCAAUGGCGGUAAUACAAGCCAAUGGUUUGUUGGAGGAUCAAAGCCAACUAGAAUCAGGGCCAUUGAGUUCGCUUGAUUCAGGCCCUCGCGGGACAUUUAUUGGAGUUUACGAUGGACAUGGAGGACCGGAGACAUCCCGUUUCGUAAAUGAGAAGAUGUUUCUCAACCUUAAGAAAUUUGUGGCUGAGCAUAAAGAGAUGUCUGCAAAUGUUAUUAAAAAGGCAUUCUUGGAAACUGAAGAGGAGUUUCUGUCUCUCGUAAAGCAGCAAUGGCUUGAAAAGCCACAAAUUGCUUCAGUGGGAUCGUGUUGUUUGGUUGGGGUAAUAUGCAAUGGACUUCUAUACGUUGCAAAUGUUGGAGACUCUCGUUUGGUGUUAGGGAGAGCAGAGAAGUCUUCUAAAGGUGUGACUGCUAUUCAGUUAUCAACGGAGCACAAUGCAAGUAUUGAGUCUGUGAGAGAAGAGCUUCGUUCAUUGCAUCCUGAUGAUUCACAGAUUGUGGUUCUAAGACACAAGGUUUGGCGCGUGAAGGGUCUCAUACAG